AAAGAAUACCAAAUGGUGAAUCGAACGCGCAGUGUCAUUUUUCGGUGUUUAUGACAUCAGCGAUUUUAUUAUCUCAACAGCUGAGCAGAAAGAAAGUCCAGUAUUUUCACAAGUAAAUCAAGGUAUUGGGUUCUAAAAUGACAAGCGGAAAUCGGCUUGAUAUAGUUGUGUUCGGAGCAACUGGCUACACUGGAGGAUAUGUUGUGGAAAAUCUCAUCAAAACAAUCGAUAAGGAAAAUCCAGACCUGACGUGGGGUGUUGCAGGUAGAAGUGAGAAAAAGACGAGAGAAGUCUUGGAUCGGGUAUCGACGUAUACAGGAAAAAACGUUGAUGGAAUCGAAGUGAUUGUAGCGGAUGUUGCCGACGAAGAUUCCAUUUUAAGAAUGUGCAAACGGGGUCGGAUAAUUAUCAAUUGUGUGGGACCAUACAGCUUGUACGGGGAAGUGGUUGUGAAAAGCUGUAUCUUGGCUAAAUCACAUCACGUUGAUAUUGCUGGUGAACCUUUUUUCCUCGAGGGCAUGCAACUCAAGUAUCACGACAAAGCUGUGGAGGCAGGCGUUUUGAUUGUUGGUGCAUGUGGUUUCGAUAGUAUUCCGGUUGAUCUUGGAAUCAGUGAAUUGCAAAAAAAUUGUUCGGGUGAAAUUGCCUGGAUCGAAACGUUUGCCAAAAUUAUAGCUGGUGAAAGUGGAAGUGUCAUUAAUCACGGAACUUGGGAUUCAGCAGUCCAAUUUUUCGCUAAUUUAAGUGACUUGAAACGAGUCCGACGUGAGCUUUACAGUGGUUUCUUUAAAAAAGACUUCCCAACGUUCAGACACAAAUGCAGCCAAAAGUAUUUGCCAUACACACCGCCAGAAAUCGGGGAAUUGACCGUGCCUUUUUGGGAAACUGAUAAGUUCGUUGUAAAGAGGACACAAUUGCAAAAGUACAGCGACCAGAACAAGCGACCCGUUCAAAUGUCGGCUUAUUUUGUGGUUGGUUCAUGGUUCAAGGUAUUGGGAAUGGGUGCCAUUGCCCUAAUAUUUGGAAUGUUUGCUUUGUUUGCGUGUGGUCGGAGACUGCUUAAUAGAUAUCCUUCGGUAUUUACCGUCGGUAAUGUUUCUCUAAACGGCCCAACACGUAAGCAAGUCAGCGAGACAAGCUUUGAAAUUACCAUUGUGGGACACGGCUGGAAAGAUAAAUUGGAAUCACCGACUCAAGAGCCGGAAUCGCCACCCGAACGCCUAAUUGUUGGUCGCUGGCGUGGUCCGGAGGCAGGAUAUGCAGCUACGUCUGUUAUUCUGAUUCAAGCGGCAAUCACAAUUUUGAAAGAGAUCGAAUCAAUCAAUUACAAGGGAGGAGUUCUCACACCUGGCUUAGCAUUUGAACAUACAUCGUUGGUAGACAGGCUCAGGCGGCAUGCAGUUGUGUUUGAAAUAAUAAGAAAUUGAAAUUAAACCGAAAGGACUCACAUUUUUGGAUUAUUGAAAGGGUAAAAAAUAAAAAUAAAAAAUAUUUUUAGAAAAUGAA